AUGAGCUCUCACAGUACCAACGUCGGUACCGCAUCCCCGGCCACGGUGAGCACUCGUGGCUCCAAGUCAGGAAACCAAGAUGAAAAAGACGAGUUUUCUUGGCUUCGCAAGGACUUUAACGGACCGGAAUACAUCAGCUACUCGGAACUUUCCAACGCAACAUACUGCGCCUUUGACUUUGGCCAAUGGGGCUAUGCCGCGUCCACCAAUGACGGAGGCGAACUUUUACAAAUGACGGCGCCUUCAGGGAAACACGGAAUCGUGUUCGCCUGGGGUGAUUUCGAAUUUUCCCCCGACCUGGCCCUUGCCCGCGGCCAACGAGAGCAGGGGGGGAAGUCGAGCUUUGGUCUGAAGUUCCUCGGGUCCGAAGGAGGCGAGUCAAGAAGCUACAAAUGGAGCGUGACCGAACGCGGCUCUUUCCAGUACCGCUGGCCCAUUAAGAGAUUCUGCUACAGUUCAGUCGACCGAAGCCGUCUCGAUGCAAACGCCGGGACCCCAAAUGAGGAGGAGGAGGACGACGAGGAGGAGGCAGCCGACGCAAAGUUGGGCACGGGUUCAUUGAUGUCGUUUGUUGACAAGGGGUGCCUCUACCAAGUGCUGCGCCUCGACCCGACCAAAGAAUUCGAAUUACAACUGACGCUUGAAUGCCCCAUGCAAUUCCAUUCCUUCGCCAACCCCGACGGCGAAGAGGUGGAAGCAGAACAAUCCGAAUCGAGAGGCAACAAGCCCCACAAGGUACCAAAAUGGGUCACUGCUGAGACGAAGGAAAACGCCACAACACCGCUCGUCUUUCUCGCCAUGUACCGUUUGGUGGAGGCCGAACAUGAAAUACAAGCCUGCCUGAAGCCACCAUGGCCCGACGAGAUAUCUAACGUCGUCCUGGCCAAAUCAUCAGACACUUUCGCAGGAACUGCCGAGUUGUGGCAAGGCCUCUUCGCCGAUAGGCAAUCCAAGGCUGAAUGCGUGUCAGCGCUCUGCGAGGCCGACAUAAUUGGCCGCUGCUUGGAGAAGGUCUUGGGCGUCGACCUCGUCCCCGCCUUGGAUAAGGCCCAGGCUCCGGCGGCUGGCAAAGAUGCGGAACGGCAGGCCAUCGUUAGCAACAUGUUUCUCAGAGCCUCUGUCGACGUAAAAGGAUUAUUUUGGAAGACGAGAUUCCUAGUCAAGGUCGACAAAGUACUAUCCCGUGCUUUGCUUGACGAGGAAGAACUGUACGUCGGAACGGACAGCACUCUCAAGGCAGCCCAAGAGACCAUCAACAGGGUCCGCAGGGCGAUUUCCGGCAUCCUGCGUUUCGUGGUACAAGAACUGCUCAAGUCCGACGAAAGGCUGUCAUUGGCCACCCCAGAUGACGGAGAUUUCCAUCGGCACUGCUACCCCUUGAUCACCGUGUGUUACAUUGUUCACGCCUACCCAGACACCGAUUGGACCCGCGAUAAGGUCACCCCGGCAGAGGGAAAACUUGACGGGUCGGAUCGGAAUCACAGCAUUCUCGGUUUCCGGGUGGAUGGUCCUCUGCCUCGAAAUGGCUACCCCGUUAUUAAAGUCGAAAAAGCUCUGCUCUGCCAUCUCCACGGCCGGUCUAUUUUCUCGCUCCAACAAAAGGGUUUACUUCCGGCUGUGGAGUCUUGUGACGAAUUCGAGCUCCAUCAUCUGGAAAAAGCGGCCCGGACAGCCCUCGUGAAGCGCAUCUCGUCAGCUCGCCAGUACGAAGCCGGCGAUGAGGUGUCCGAGAGACUGGUAUUCCUCGCCCAUGAACUCUGGGGGAAGGAGGGGGACAAUGACCAUAAUAAUGAGACGGUGAGCUGCUUAAACCGCAUUCUGAAGCGGGAAGAGCGCCGAGAGUACACAACCACCAUCAACCUGUCGGAUUCGGACCCGGAAAAGGGCCAGACAUGGGCCGGACCCUGGGAAGUCCAUGUUCUGUGUCACCAUAGCCGCCUCAUGAUGGCCCACCACCGCAUCAAACACGACAAAAGCAAAAGCAGAGAGGCAAGGGCCGAUGGCCAAGAGCACCUUGAGUAUUUCAAGAGAAAGCUCUGUGACUUUUUGACUUGCGAAGCAUCGCUAACACCCUGCUGGGAGCGCAAUAACUCGUCUGCCCACCUCCGCGGCAUGCUGAGGUCCGAAGCGACGGCCGUCGUCUCAUCGACCAUCUUGGACAUGUUUCUCCAUGAUUACACCCGUGCACUGGCCGGAUCAGGUGCUAAUAGAGCCCCGGAUGGUCCGAUGCCCGCUAGCUGUGCAUGUGGGCUUCAAGGAACCGGCAUCAAGACCGUUUCUAGGCCGUUUCGAAACCGCCCGCGACAUCCCAGGGAGGGACUAGACGCCGUGCAUCUCAUGAGCCUGCAGCUCGAUGCUCUUGAGGCGAUUGAGGCCCAGGGCGAGGAAGAGCAAAUCGACUACCUCAAGUUCCGGCCCCCGUCGCGAUUCCAUCCAGACGAAUUCUUUCGCUCGCUCGAAGACACGCCCGACUAUUACCACGAGCAUGCUAUCAGCAAACGAUCCCGGGAUUUACCAAAGGCAAUACGUCAAGCUAUCCGCGCGAAAGGCACACGGCCGACCGACACAGGCGAGAAGCCUUGCUUUCCUCCUAAGGUUCUGUGCCUCCAUGGCACCAAAUCACCCCCGGAGAAACCCGACACAGAGCUCAGUGGCUCAAGCGAAGAGGAAAUCAGCAAGCCCAUCGCCGGGGACCAUCUCGUCCGCUUGGAAACCUCCGAAACACUCAUAGCCGGCAAACUCGAGAGCGACGAAGCCAGCGAUACUAAAAGUGCAACCGACCGGACUGUACCGCAUCGGGAUGUUGUUAAAGAGUUUCUGGAUUCCCUCGGCGACCUCAGCGAGAGGCUCCGAGAGCUACUAACUGGAACAGAAAAGGAUGGCGGGGAGGGCGAGAAGAUCCGCGCGAUAGAAGCGCUGCUCCCUCUUGCUAUCAUUGACCUGCGCAUGCCUACUUGGGAAGAGAAACUACGAACCCUGCCUCUUUCGUAUGGACCCAAAAUCCUUGGGAUGAUUACUGAUAGUCUCAUUGAUCAACAAGUGCGCCACCGAAUUCUAAUCUCGUGCGUCGCAUACCAACUCCCCAAGGGUCUACUUCGCCUCCUCGUCCACAUCCUUCAUCCCGAGGUGGUCGAGUGCUUCAACAACCACCACCUCCGCCUGUCGAGAUUUCAACUCUCUAGUAGGCCCGAGCCACCCGUCGUAGCGCACAUCACCAUCCGGAGCUGGUCCGUCGUCUGGGACCGAGAACUUAGCUACGCCACCCAGGAAGAGGACAAGAUCGAGAUCCCCGAUAACCUUUUUCUCGAACAUCGGCGCAAGAACAACCCCCUCCAAAAUAAACCACCCCUCGUAGAGCUCAGAGUCUCGUCCGUCGCCAUAUCCACCAACCGCUUUGGCGACUUUAGUCGGUGCUCCCUCAUCACUUACCAGAUUCCGUGCUGCCGGCUCAAGAAGUUGGGCGUUAUGGCGCAGGAGAUCUGGGACAAGUUCACGCACCAACCGCAGACGGGGAGGUUUCUUGUCUUUUGCAUGAUUCUGGGCGAGCUGUGCGAGAGCCUGGUAUCCGACUACCAGGAUAUUCUGGACGGGUUUAUCCGGGAGACACUGCCGGAUGAUAAGGUUCCAAUCUAUCUCGAAGAGGUCGACAGGUUGCAGGACCACAACAAGAACGCUGAUGUCAUGCUCCGGCUGAGUCUCUGGGGCCUGGAAGCCCUCUUCAAGGUGAACAAUACCCUCAGUGCGUCGGUGCGUGUCCUCGAGUCGGCCAUUGUGGACCUGAAGAGAGAGAUGAAAAAUGGACCUGGAAGGCGAAGUCCCGAGCUCGAAAGCGCGUACCAUGAAUAUCUCGGCAAGCUGGAAAGGCCAUUCCGAGACUUGACCGCGAUCCAGAACAAGCUGGAGAGAAAAGUGGAAUUCAACACGCGCUACACGAACGCGGCCGUCUUUGCUGUCCCCAAAGACCAAAAUGUGCUGGACGAAGAGAUGGGUCGAACCUGGUACAUCAAGAUCAUCAUCUUUUUCGCCGUCGGAAUUCUUGUCGUUGGCGCGUGUCUGGGCCAUAUCUUGUAUGUGGUCGAUCGCUUUGUGGGUUUUGUCACGUACCUCAUUCCUGAGUGGCUGCGGGUUGAGUGGCUGUGGGGGGAAGUUGAAGAGGGAGUUGAGUGGCUGUGGGGGGAAGUUGAGUGGCGACGGGGGGCGGCUAUUAAGUGGCUGCGGGGGGAGGAUGAGUCGCUGAGUAUCCGCAGCAUGUGCAAGCGUGUGGUGAGAGGCCUGAGGCGCACAACGCCUGAUCAUGGUGAAGACGAGGUCUAG